AUGGCAACUUCCAAAAUUGGGUAUUGCAUCAUAAGUGGGGAGCACUGCAACCAUAGCAUUCUAACUAUUUACAGGCAUGUUUACCAAAAUGUUGUCCCUCUUUGUGAGAUGCAAUUCUACAUUGACUGUGACAAAAUUCAGCCCUACAAGUGCAACAAGAAAUGGGUCGUGUCUUUGACUCCACUACCACAUAACGGGUCGGGUUUGCUGAUUGAGGGCGAUGGCGCUUGCUACCUUUGCAAAAGGAAGCUCACUGACCCGGAUCGCUUUCGUUUUUGCUCUAUUGCAUGCAAGGUUCAAAGUGAUAUAGGAGAAGGCAUGGUUGAGCCCUAUGUGCGAAAGCCCGAGGUUGUGCAGAAGCCCAAUCGUAAGCGCGGGAGGAAGGGAGUGCCGCACCGAGCACCUUUCUUGUAG